AUGGCGCGGGCGGCGCGGCUGCUGGCGCUGGCGGCGGAGCGAGCGGCGGGCCCGGGCCUGGCCCCGGUGCCGGCACCGGUACCGGGCUGUGCCCGCCUGGUGCUGCUGCCGCCCGCCCGCGGGGCCCGGCCCGGCCCGCAGGGAGCGCGCGGGGAGCCAGCGGAGGGCGCAGGCUGGGCCGGCGGCGGGAGCUGGGCCGCACCGGAGGGUGCAGGCUGCGGCCGCUGGCGGCGGGAGCCGGGCCCCGCUGAGUGGAGCGAGGCGGUGGCGGCCGCGGCCGGUGCCCUGCAGGCGGGCGGGCUGGUGGCCGUGCCCACGGACACGGUGUACGGCGUGGCCUGCCUGGCCCAGGACUCGGCCGCCGUGCGCAGCAUCUACAGCCUGAAGGGGCGGAACGGAGCCAAGCCGCUCGCCAUCUGCCUCGGAGACGUGGAGCGGCUCUACCGGUACUGCCACGUCAAUGUCCCCGAGGAGCUGCUGCGGGACCUGCUGCCAGGACCAGUGACCCUGGUGUUGGAGCGUUCAGAGGAGCUCAAUAAGGACCUGAACCCCUUCACAUCGCUGGUUGGUGUCCGCAUUCCAGACCACCCCUUCAUGAGAGACCUGGCUCGGGCCUGCCCGGGCCCGCUGGCCCUGACGAGCGCCAACAUCAGCUCCCAGGGCAGCACCCUGAGCGUGCUGGAAUUCCAGGACUUGUGGCCUCAGCUGUCCCUGGUCGUUGAUGGAGGCCCCAUAGGAGACAUCCAGAGCCCAGAGUGUCGCUUGGGCUCAACUGUGGUUGACUUGUCUGUGUCAGGGAAAUUCUCCAUCAUCAGGCCUGGCUGUGCACUGACACCCACAGUUGAAAUCCUGAAGAAGAAGUAUGGCUUGGAACCAGAAUCCUCCUAACCCUUGGGCCUGGGAGCUGGUGGAGCUGGGCACUGUGUGCCUGUGCACUCAGGACUGGGUGAUCGUGGCCUUGUUUAAUAAGGUCAAUGGGUUAUGUCAAGGUAAAUUUAAAAAAUAUUAAAAGACUGGAAAACCCUUUUGGACCUUUUUUGUGCUGCUGUACUGUUCCCAAAUGUCUGUUCUGUUACCCUGGUCAGGCUUUGUGCAUACAGUGAAAAGUUAAACUGUUGUCAGGGCGGUGUGGGGAAGGCCCUGUGUGCCCCAGAGCUCACCCUGUGCCACCUGCACUGGAAGGAAAGCAGGCAUGGAGAGUUUGGAGCUCUGAAAGUGUUACAGAUGUGCUGUUCUCUGUCCUAAAUGUGAUCAGAACCUCCUCCUGAGAUUAAACUGUCAGUGCUUCUGAAAAUUCAGUGUUCAGAUACCCCAGGCUAGAGCUGCUCAGAACAACCUGCUUCCUCCUCAUGCAGAGAAUGAAAUAAGCUCGUGGUGUGAUGAUCUUCCUUCAUUUAAAUGUAGAAUUCCCUUUUGGUUUUGCUCUGAAAUGGUGCUAAGCUGAAGGAAACAGGGAAUGGAUGAAAAUGUC